AUGUACGCCAACAACAACAACAACUCAUUCUAUGGAGGGUACAGCCAUCCACCUCAGCAACAACCACCCAAUAACAUGAUGAUCGGUGGAUAUAAUAACAUUCCGCCAACAACAACACCACCACCCAAUAACAUGAUGAAUUCCUCCUUCUCUAAUUUAAAGGCUUCUCCUUUCUAUACUUCAAAUCCAAGUCCAGUGAUGAUGAACGGAGUGAUGGCUUCAUCAAACACUGCAAGUCUUGAACAACAACAAGCACAACGAACAAGACAACUCCAAGCUGAUUCUGUUAUUAAACGAUUUCAUAACGCCAAAAUUGUUUCUACGAAUGACAACAAUGUGGUUGAUGUUCCAAUCACUCUCAAGAAUGGACAACAAUUAACAUUCCGUAUUCUCAUGCAACAUGCUUUCCCACAACAACCACCACUCAUCACCACUCUCGCAACAAUUAAACAUCAAAAUAUAGAUAACAAUGGUUAUGUCGUUCAUCAACAACUCAGACAAUGGACACCACAAUCAAGUCUAGGAGAUGUCUUGUCAUUAGUUUUCAGAGAUUUUAUUACCAAUCCUCCAAUAAUUGUCAGUUUGGAUGAAUGGCCAAAGAAUCAUAUUACCAAAGUGACAAGCAACAAUGGUACUCCUUCGAUCACACCACCACCUCCUUCCUCCUCGUCGCCAUCCGUUGGUGUUUAUCAUCAACCACAGACAUUUGGAACAAACACGAUACCCACAACCAAUGCAAUACCUCCAUCGUUGUCAAAUCCUCCAAUUUCUUCUGUACAAACACCUAUUCAAGAUUCAUCAUGUUCAAUUCGUUUACCCCCAGUUCCGACCUCAUUCCCUGAAAUUAGUUUAUUGGAAGGAACUGAGGCAAUUCAAAAACUUUUGGACAAUCAAGAGGCAUUCGAGCAGUUUGUUGAGAAUUUGGCUUUCACACGAGAAUCAAAGAAUAUCUAUCAAGAUUUGAGAAAUGCUAACAUGGAAAUUGCAAAAAGAAAUGUUUCAAAGGAUGAACAAUUAAACAUCACAAAAGAAUCUAUUGAUCAAAAGAAGGUGGAGGUUGACAAGAUUUUGGAGCAGGUACAAAUGCUGCAAGCAAAACAACAACAGCUCUCACAAAGAUAUGCUCCACCUCAAUUGCUUGUUUUACUAAAUGAAAAGAUUGAACAAAGCGAUGCAGAGAGCGAGGAAUUGGGAGAAGCCUUUUUGAAUUCAAGGGAAGUUGCAGAUUCUCAACAAAUCAAACAAUUCAUUGACAAGUAUAUCGAAAAGAGAUCUCUUUAUUACUUGAGAAAGCAAAAAAGAGAUCGAUUUAGAGACACCUAUUGCAAACAAUAA